GAAUGUAAUCCAGGCUUUUCUUGUUCCAAGAAAUAAUAUAAUAAAUUUUCCAAGAACUUUGCCUGAAUUUCUGCCGUUUUAUCGGCUGUUUACCUGAAAUGGCAAAUCCCAACGAUGCUGGAGAUCGUCAGGUGAUCCUGGCGACUGCCGGGUAUGACCACACGAUCCGAUUUUGGCAGGCUCACACGGGAAUUUGCCACAGGACAGUCCAACACCAAGAUUCUCAAGUCAAUUGUUUGGAAAUAACACCCGACAAACAUCUUCUAGCUGCAGCAGGCUAUCAGCACAUUCGUAUGUAUGACAUCAACUCUAACGAGGCGUCCCCAGUAAUUAACUACGAGGGUAUCUCAAGGAACGUGACGGCCGUUGGAUUUCAGGAAGACGGGAAAUGGAUGUUCACCGGAGGAGAGGACUGUACAGCCAAGAUAUGGGAUCUUAGAAUGAGAAACUUGCAAUGUCAGAAAAUCUUUCAAGUCAAUGCGCCCGUCAACUGCGCCUGUCUUCAUCCAAAUCAGGGGGAGCUUAUAGUCGGCGACCAGAGUGGAACAGUUCACAUAUGGGAUUUGAGAAGUGGCCACAACGAACAACUGGUGCCCGAGCCAGACUUCAUCCAGCAUCUCAGCAUCGACUCAGAGGCCACUCACAUGGCCGCCAUUAACAACAAAGGCAACUGCUACAUCUGGCGGGUCUCCCCCGGCAAAGAAGACCCCAUCUCCCAACUCCUCCCGAAGACCAAGAUCCCCGCCCACAAGAAGUACGGCAUCAAGUGCAAGUUCAGUCCUGACUGCACGCUUCUUGCCACCACAGCAGCCGACCAGACAGUGAAGAUUUGGAAGACGGCUGACUUCAGUCUCCUGACCACGCUGACAGACGCAGUCCAGAGAUGGGUCUGGGAUUGCGCCUUCUCAUCGGACUCGCUCUACCUAGUCACAGCCUCAUCGGACCACACAGCAAGGUUAUGGAGUGUUGAGCAAGCGGAAGUCAAGCGCGAGUUCAACGGCCAUCAGAAGGCCAUCACAGCUCUGGCUUUCUCCGACGGGGUUUCAACAUGAGUGGCGAAAACUUCUACACUUGGGAUUUUAUUUUAUGAAAUGGAAUUUACGUAUGGAGAUGUAAAUUUUAUAUUUUCUUUUGCUGCUACAUCAGACUCAAACCGGCUGUCCGACCCCCUGCAAGCUCGGUGGUCGAUCGAUAAGACAUCAAGUCUAGUAAGCAGGAGGUCGUGGGUUCGAGUCUCACCCGAGGAGUUUGUGAUUUUUUUUUUCACAAUCCCUCGGACAAUACCAAGUAUACAGUGUUUAUAAUAUACAUGUAUGUCGGCGAAGGGCAAAACCCAAUAUAAAAUUUACUCCAAAGAUAUUGGCAUGAAAGUUGUUGGGAUACUUGGCCUACAAGAGAAAUAUUUUAAAAUCUAAGUUCCCGGAGAGGUGCUCUAAGAAUUAGCACUUCAGGAUUUAUUUGGUACAUUGUGUAUUUCCAUGAAAAAGUUUAAUGCCGAUUUUUGAAAUAAUUAAGGAAAUUAUAGUUCAGCUGGAAGAUUUUUCAACCAAUGUUGAAAAUAGACAUGUCACAAAUUUAUGCUUUGUGUAGGUUUGGGCUUUGUUGUGCAAACUAUUAUUCAUAAUAUUCAAGGCAGGAAACACUUUUUCUUACUGUUCACUGAACAAAAGAAAUAACAGCAGCAAGGGCAUUGUGAACUGAACUCUGAAAUAUCCCGAAGUGAUA